ACAGAGACCGAGGAGCCAGCAACCUAGAGCCCUGGCUGUGGGGGGUGGGGGUGGGGGCUGACUCACUUGGCCCCCUCCCUGGUACCGAUGGGGCAGCCCCCACACCCCUGGGCGCUGGCACGGAAUCAGGUCCCACAGUUGGAAAGAAGGGAAAUGCAGCUCUACUGUGCCUGACCCGAGACCGCUGAGGAUGCACCCCAAGCUCAGGGACCGCUUGGUCCCGGGGCCGCGAGGAGAUGUGUAGGCAGCGACCCCCAACAGCAGGCUCACUCCGGCGGCCGCCUGCUAGGGACACCCUGGCCACGGGCCCGCCGGGACGCCCCUGCAAGCCGCGCCCCUCCCCGGGCCGAGGCUCUUCCCCGGAGCAUCGCAGUAUUUCCUUCCUGCACCUUUAAGAAGACCGUUGCUCCGUGGUGGGAUGGUGUGUUAAAGCCACACAGAGGAAGUUACGCAGCCCGGAUCAGACCGGGAGAUAAAAAGCCCCGAUGGUGACCGUGUUGCUGCUAAUGAACCCAGUCUCUCUCUUCUCCUUUUACAAUGGAAGCCUAAGCCCAGGUACCUGGAUGGAGCUGGAGCUGAAGUCUCAGGAAUUUCCCAAUAAGUGGCCAAUGGCUACUAGCCAAGGCUGGAGGGCUGCUAUGCAGUCGUGUUGAGCGCAUCACAUAUUAAGGGCCCUUUAAAGACCUGGAUUGAUUGGAAGGACAAAAAUUAAAAGCAAUCCAAUCCAGCCCCAUGCCAGAUCCCUUCGGAUUGCCUCCUUAUCCCAUUUCCAUCCACUGUCACAAUUUGAGAGUCUGCCUGAUUUGAUCAGCUUCACCUCCAGGGGAGGUGUAAUGCCAAGGUUAGGAGGACGCCAAGUUCCAGGCAACUUUUUGAUCUGCCCAUCAGCAGCCUGAGAAACGCUGGCUCUGGAUUUUCCGUAUCGGCCAUUUGGAAAACACAAGCUCCCACCACUGGCAAACCCGCAGUGCUCAAGUCUAUGAUACGACCCCGCCGCCGUUGCCUGGUAGAUGUGGCAUUUCCAUGCUGAAGCCCCAAGUCCCCCCUGACCCCACCAUCACCUCUCCAGUGCCCCUCUGGGCCCCACCCAGUCUGACUGCGCAGCCAUGCUGCACCUGCUGGCCCUCUUCCUGCACUGCCUUCCGAUGGCCUCUGGGGACUAUGACAUCUGCAAAUCCUGGGUGACCACCGAUGAGGGCCCCUCCUGGGAGUUCUAUGCCUGCCAGCCCAAAGUGAUGCGCCUGAAGGAUUAUGUCAAGGUGAAAGUGGAGCCCUCAGGCAUCACGUGCGGAGACCCCCCUGAAAGGUUCUGCUCCCACGAAAAUCCUUACCUGUGCAGUAACGAGUGCGAUGCCUCCAACCCCGACCUGGCCCACCCACCCCGGCUUAUGUUUGACAGGGAAGAUGAGGGACUGGCCACCUACUGGCAAAGUGUCACGUGGAGUCGCUACCCCAGUCCCCUGGAGGCCAACAUCACCCUCUCGUGGAACAAGAGCGUGGAGCUGACAGAUGACGUGGUGAUGACUUUCGAGUAUGGCCGGCCCACGGUCAUGGUCCUCGAGAAGUCACUGGACAAUGGCCGCACCUGGCAGCCUUACCAGUUCUAUGCAGAGGACUGCAUGGAGGCCUUUGGCAUGUCCGCCCGCCGGGCCCGAGACAUGUCACCCUCUAGCGCCCACCGGGUGCUCUGCACGGAGGAGUACUCACGCUGGGCAGGCUCCAAAAAGGAGAAGCAUGUGCGCUUCGAAGUGAGGGACCGCUUCGCCAUCUUUGCCGGCCCUGACCUGCGCAACAUGGACAACCUGUACACGAGGCUGGAGAGUGCCAAGGGCCUCAAGGAGUUUUUCACCUUCACCGACCUGCGCAUGCGACUGCUUCGCCCCGCGCUGGGCGGCACCUACGUGCAACGGGAGAACCUCUACAAGUACUUCUACGCCAUCUCCAACAUAGAAGUCAUCGGCAGGUGCAAAUGCAACCUGCACGCCAACCUGUGCACAGUGCGCGAGGGCAGUCUGCAGUGCGAGUGUGAACACAACACCACGGGCCCUGACUGUGGCAAGUGCAAGAAGAACUUCCGUACACGGGCCUGGCGAGCUGGCUCCUACCUGCCGCUGCCCCAUGGCUCUCCCAAUGCCUGUGCUGCUGCAGGCUCCGCCUUUGGCAGUACCAGCAGGUCUAUCAAAGACUCUGUGUCCAAAGCCCCUAUGGCCACUGAGGCUACAAAGAGGGGUCCUAUCACUUCUGUCCCCUCCACAUCUACCAUCCAAGUCCCUGAAGCCCCCAGAAUCCCACAGCCCACAGGGCAGACCAAGCCACCUACUGUUGCCCCCCUUGGUGAUAGCUCCCUCUGGCCCCAGGUGUUCACCAGUGCACAAGCUGUGCCUAUCUCGGCUGCUGUCCCCUCCCAAGUCAAGGGCUCUACACUUUUCCAGCUCAAGCCCAGAUCUCCUCAAGUGAUACCCAUUGAAGAAUUUCAAGACUGUGAGUGCUAUGGCCAUUCCAACCGCUGCAGCUACAUCGACUUCCUGAACGUGGUGACCUGUGUCAGCUGCAAACACAACACUCGAGGCCAGCACUGUCAGCAUUGCCGCCUAGGCUACUACCGCAAUGGCUCUGCAGAGCUGGAUGACGAGAAUGUCUGCAUUGAAUGUAACUGCAACCAGAUCGGCUCUGUGCAUGACCGGUGCAACGAGACAGGCUUCUGCGAGUGCCGGGAGGGCGCGGUGGGGCCCAAGUGCGAUGAUUGCCUUCCCACGCACUACUGGCGCCAGGGAUGCUACCCCAACGUGUGCGACGACGACCAGCUGCUCUGCCAAAACGGCGGCACCUGCCUGCAGAACCAGCGCUGCACCUGCCCGCGCGGCUACACCGGCGUACGCUGCGAGCAGCCCCGCUGCGACCUCGCUGACGACGGUGGCCCGGACUGUGAUCGCGUGCCAGGCACCGCCCCGCGCCCAGACACCCUGCUCGGAUGCCUGCUGCUGCUCGGGCUCGCCGCCCGCCUGGGCUGCUGAGUCCGCUCUAGGGGUCCGGGAGUCCUGGGCCCGACGGCGACACGGGUGCGGCCGAGCUGCUCCCAGGUGCUACUCGCAGAGUCCUCCAGCCCUCCCUGCUCCGCCCACGCUCACCGGCCCCUUCCGACACUGUCCUCACCGCCCACAGAGGGCGCUGGGGCUGCGAUUUUCAGAUUUUUUUUUUUAAAUGACCCAACGUCCCUAUAUUUUUCCUUUUUCCUUUGCUUUCUUCUCCUUAUUCUUCCUCCCCCCUCUCCCUUUUGCUGGCGGUGAGACAGGGACUGGGGAGAAACGCUGCUCAUCCCAACACCCGCAGGUCCUGCCACACACACACACACACACACACACCCCUCUUCCGCACACCCCAGCGCCUGUUUCUGGCUGGCUCCACCAGCCAGCAGACCCGGAACUCCAGUUGCCUACAACUCUAGUCGCUGACUUGAUUCUCUUUUGUAUCUUUUUUCUUUCUUUCUUUUUCUUCUCUCUCUUUCUUUUUUUGCACUCACCAGACCCCAGGCCCCCAAGGAGGCCUGGAGACAGAGGAACUCACUGUCUGAGGGGUGGGUGGGACAAAGGGCGGAGCAGAAACCUUGUUUUCUAGAGAACUAUUCUGUUUGUAUUCACGGUCCUUGUGAGGAGGGACUCGGGUGGGAGCUGGUCACCGAGGGUGGCUGAUGGCUGCAAGCCCACAGUAAAAGGAGUUCACAGCUGCCUCUGCCCUC